AUGUCUUAUGCAGACGUAUUCAAAAAGUUCAAGGACAACAAUACGGGUACAUUUACGAACGAUGUCACAAAAGACGUGAAGGGCAUGUUGAGUUUAUAUGAAUCAGCUCACUUGAGGCUACAUGGCGAAGAUCUCUUAGAUGAAGCUUUGGCAUUUACUGAGGCUCAACUUAAAAGAAUCGUAAGCAUGCUAGAUGGUGAUCUUGCACGCCAAGUGAAUCAAGUCUUGAAGAGAUCCUUCCACACUGGGAUGCCAAUGGUGGAGGCACGACUAUAUUUUAACACACAUGAAGAAGACUUUUCCAACCUUGAGUCAGUUGUAAAGCUAGCUAAAGUCCACUUUAACUAUUUGCAAUUACAACAAAAGGAAGAACUUCGUAUCGUCUCACAGUGGUGGAAAGAUAUGGACUUUCGGACACAUGUCCCUUAUGUAAGAGAUAGAGUGCCGGAGAUAUACUUGUGGAUUUUGGGGUUAUAUUUUGAGCCUUAUUACUCUCGGGCACGUAUCAUAGGCACAAAAAUCACGUUGUUCUUGGUGGUUUUAGACGACACAUAUGAUGCAUACGCUACAAUUGACGAGAUCCGAUCGAUCACAGACGCGAUUAAUAGGUGGGAAAUUAGUGCUAUUGAUCAGCUUCCCGGAUAUAUCCAACCGUUCUACAAAAUUCUGCUUAACGAGUACGAUGAUCUCGAGAAAGAAUACUCAAAGGAAGAGAGAGUGUUUAGUGUCCACGCAUCAAAACAAGCAUUUCAAGAAAUAGCAAGAGGGUAUCUUGAAGAGGCGGAGUGGUUACACAAUGGUUAUGUGGCGACAUUUGCUGAGUAUAUGAAGAAUGGAUUGAUUACUUCGGCUUAUAAUGUUAUUUCAAAAUCAGCUUUGGUGGGAAUGGGUGCAAUUGCAGAUGAAGAGGCUCUUGCUUGGUAUGAAACACAUCCUAAAAUUCUAAAAGCUUCGGAGUUAAUUUCAAGGCUCCAAGACGAUGUGCAAACUUUCCAGGUACAACCAAAUGAACUUGGAUAA